AUGGUGGUGCGCCUUCACCGAGACAAGGCGUCGAUAAUAAAGGAAACCUUCCGCUGUGAAAGGCAGCCUUACAGAAAUGCAGGUGACAGCCCUGAAUGUUGGUAUGAUGAUUUAACAAAUUCCACAGAUGAAUCUUCCAACCCUAACUGGACAGCAAAUUUAGAUUGUCUAUACCUAAACGGAAGCAGUUACCAUGGCAACAUAUCAGUGACGGCUUCGGGUAUUUCAUGUCAGUCAUGGACAGAACAAUGUCCACAUCGUCAUACCAUGAACACCACAUAUCCAGAAUUAUAUAAUGCCAAGAAUUACUGUCGUAAUCCCAAGAACUCAGGACAAAGACCUUGGUGUUUUACCACAGAUAGAAACAAGAGAUGGGAGUACUGCGAUAUCCCUAAAUGUACACCAGUUGAAGGUAACUAUGGCAACUGGAUAUUAAAGAACGUGUGCCAUGUAACUUGUGGUGAAGGUUUUGAAACGUGGACACGAAGUUGUGACAACCCUGAGCCAAAAUUUGGCGGAAGAAACUGCAGUUAUCUUGGAGAACCCGUGGAAUACAGAUCUUGUUCAGCAAGGCCUUGUCCUGUUAACGGUGGUUAUGGCAACUGGAGUGUCAUUAUUCCUUGCAACGUUUCGUGCGGUAAAGGAGUGGAAAUAUGGCGACGUUAUUGUGAUGAUCCAGAACCAAAAUACGGAGGCCGCAAUUGCAGUGGGCUGGGAAACUCUACGGCAUUGAGAAAAUGUGAAAGAAAACCAUGCUCAAGUAGGAAUAAAUUGACCAAAGAAAAUUAAACCUGUUUAAUCGAGGCCACGGUAGUAAUACAAUGAUUGGCCCGUUCCAUCAUUCUGCUGCAUGCUAAAACGGAAAGCAAAAAAAUGAACAAAAGCUAACUAGCUUUACUUUCUUGUAUAUUGGAAUAUUACUAUCUUGAAUAUUAAUAAUAACUUUUCAUGUCUAUCCUCGGGGCAGAAAUAUUUUGUUUCCCUUGUCGGAAGUACAAUUACAUUUUUUGCCUUAGUCGACGGUAACUAUGGCAAUUGGACGAAAGUGUUGCCAUGUAGCGUCACGUGUGGUAGAGGAGUCGAAGCCUGGAUACGGAUGUGUGACAAUCCCCCCGGAAAAUACGGUGGUAACUGUAGUAAGCUAGGACCAGACUUCGAGAACCGCCCAUGCAAGAACCAACCAUGUCCUGGUGAUUCCGAGACGAUUGGUAUCAUUGUUGGUGUUGCAAGUUUUACAUUUGUCACUGCAGCUGCCAUUCUUAUCUUUCUUCUACGAAAAC